AUGUCUUAUGAGGACCAUGCUGCCGGUGUCGCAGAAGACUACCGAGAUGCCUUGGACGGCCUGACGAUGAACUCGCGGGUCGAGAUUAGCAACUUGACCUUGAUCGCAAGAGAAAACACCGAGUUUGCAAACGCAAUCGCCGAGGCUUUGCAAGACCACAUCAAGAAGGUUGCUCCGCCGCGAAAGCUACCAGCGCUCUACCUACUCGACUCGAUUGUCAAGAAUGUCGGCACUCCAUAUACCCUCUUCUUCGGCCGCAAACUAUAUUCGACCUUCAUGGAGGCCUACGCUGCCGUGGACCAAAAUACUCGGCGCAAAAUGGACGAGAUGCUGAAGACAUGGAAAGAGCCCGUACCGGGUUCCAUCGACACACGUCCUGUGUUUCCUCCAGACGUAGUUCGGCCGAUCGAGAACGCACUGAUCAAGGUCAGGACAUCGACACUGCAGGCGAACCAGGAACACAUGCGCAAGGAGCAGCAGCUUCUCUCCAGAGGCCGGCCCCAGGCGCCGUACCGAGAGACCCCCACGCCACCCGGGGGCGGUCGUCCUACGCCUCCUCAGAAUGUUCCAUACGGACAACCCCCUUAUCCUGGUGCCAAUGGGGCCCAGUACCCUGACCCAGCUACACAAACAUAUCCCAUUCAUCCUGCACAACAAUAUGCUCGGUCAACGCCCCAGCCCCCGCCAUCUGCCCCGGCAGCAAUGCCAUUCCAACCACCAGCACCCGCAUACGGUGCUCCCCCUGCCCAGCCUGGAGGAUUAAGCAUGGGUUCAUUGAGUCAGGAUGUUGAGCAGCUCAUCACUGCUUGCAAGGCGGAGUUUGCGCAAAACGUACAUGAUGCUAGUAUCCAAACAAGACUGAAGGCGUUGCUGGACCUGCAGAGUCUGCUUCAGGCGCAGCACUUGCCACCUGAUCAGUUGAUGCUCAUUAAAACCAGAGUUGAUGAACUAUCCGUAGAGAUGAGGGGCCGUAAAGCCCCAAGCUACACUCCUACACCACCUGUUACUGUACCGCCGUACCAACCUCCGCCUCAUCAACCGCCAGCGGCAGCACCAGUGCCGCCGCCAGCGACUGCCCCUCCGCCAGCAGCCGGCGUGUCUCUUGACGCAUUGCUCGGCAGGGGGGCUCUGGCCUCGCUGCUGGCACGGCAGUCUGCUACCCCUUCGGCCACACCUCAGGCGGCCGCUCCCUAUACCCCUCCUCCUCCCGCUGCGGCAGCAGUUGCCGCGAUACGAUCACCGGUGCCGCAGGUCGCCGAGCCCCCCAAGGCGGCAGCAGCGCCUGUGCCGGACCCGAUGGCGCUGAUGGGCAUCCUGCGCAAGGCCGGCAUGCUCUCUGGCCUACCCGGCGCGGCUCCGCCUCCAGCUGCGCCGCCCAUGCAUGCACCGACGCCCGUCUCUCUCCCUCCGGGCCUAGCUAGUGUUAUUGCCGCUGCCAGAUCGGGAGCAGCAGUCCCACGGGAACCGCUGGAAGAGAUCCGAAACGACAUCGUCCUGACUGCGGACUCGCUGAAGAAAUUCCGUCCCCAUCUCAUACCGCUCAUGUACGACGACCUAGGACCGCCGUGCGCCCAGUGCGGCCGACGGUUCAGGACGGACGAGGAGGGCCGGGCGAAGAAGACGGCGCACAUGGACUGGCACUUCCGGAUCCACCAGCGCAUCGUCGAGGCGGAGAAGCGCGGCCAGCACCGGAGCUGGUACGUCGACCAGAUGGACGCCCUUCAGGACUGGAUCCGUUCCCGGGAAGCCAUCGACGUCGACCACGUCGAGGACCCCGCCGACGGCAAGGGCGCGGACGGCGGUGCCGGCGGUGCCGGCGGUGGCUCUGCAGGCGGCGCGGGAGGCAAGCAGGCGGCCAAGGUGGCCUGGAUCCCCGUGCCCGCGGGCGCCGGCUCGACGGGCGUGUGCCCCAUCUGCCAGGAGCAGUUCAAGCCCAUCUGGCUAGACGAGGCGCAGGAGUGGGUGUGGAUGGACGCCGUGCGGGUCGGCGGCCGCGUGUACCACGCCUCGUGCCACGCCGAGGCCACGAGGGGCGCCGAGUCGCAGCCACCAGCGGCAGCGAGGCGCGGAGGAGCGGGAGGAGGAGGAGCCUCUGGGGCCAGGAGGACGCCGGACCGGGGCUUCGGUGGUGGACGGAAGAGGAAGGCUGAGGAUGAUCACGCCCGGCGCGGCAAGGUCAAGGGCGAGCCCAAGGUGGACUUGAACGCCCUGCCAUACUAG